CAUUCACAUCCGCGCAUCCAGAACCCGAUCCCACGUCUUCGAUGGCCAAGGUCCACUUCGAACCGCCCGUGCCCUCCGAGGCUCGCGAUUCCCGUCGGCCCCGCGCACCCACAUCCUGCGCACCUCUCACACACCCCGCAAUAGCGCACAGCGAGACAAGCCCGUCCAGCGAAACGACGCCGUCCAGCGCGUUCGACAUGUGGGCCGGCUGCGACCUCGCAGAGCAUCUAAACUUCGUCCUCUUCGGCCCCGCCUUGCCCAAGAGAGUCGCCCAGCUCCGUGACGACCUCGGCGUGCGGAGCAAGCCCACGGCAGCCAUGCGCCGCAUCGCCCAGCAACCCCCGGCGGAGAUCCAGCCGCCUGCCGCAGCGUUUGCCAACGUCACCCUUCCGGGAGGUUGGCGGAGCGCCCACCGGUCAUGGUACGAGGACCGUUGUGGCCGAGUACUUGUCAAGCAGCCCACUUGGCUGGACGUGCUUUGGUGCAGCGCUGCCGAGGCUGCAAGUCGCGAAGGAGCGAAGGCGGCUGCCAAGCCGCAGGUGAAGGAAGAGCCGCACAUUCAAGUCCCGAGUCAGAUACAGCCACUGCCGCCCGUUUUCUGCCGCACCAGGUGGAAGAACUCGUACACCCAGGACGUAUGCGUCCAUUGUAAUCGCGACUGGGCGUUCAUGCCGCGCAACACGCGCGUGUGCUCAAACCCUCCAAAGGUCCGCGCUGGGCGUGAGUAGUGUAGCUGUAUUCGACUGUAGUGAUCCAACUUGUAUGUCAGUCUCAAGAUCAAGUCAGGUAGAGUAUUGUC